AUGUACGAAACUGCACCAUUUUACAAAUUCAUGAAAACAAACAGAUUUUAUCGGAUUCUUAAAGUAAUGUUCAUGCCACAGAAAUUCCUCAAUGUUCAGAGCACGUUGUUCAGUGUUCUAUACGAUGCAUUAUAUAACUCUUUCGUUAUAGGUGACCACAACGGCCAUUUUUUCAAGGAAUUAAAAAAAACACAACCGACCACCGAACAACAACGACCACCACCAACAUUUUCAAACGACGACAACAACGACCGACCACCAACAACGACGAACGACACCACCAACACGACGACACCAACAACGACGACCACCAAACAACGACGACCACCACAACGACGACCACAACAACAGAACGACCACCAACAACGACGACCACCAACAACGACGACCACCAACAACGACCACCACCAACAACGACCCACCAACAACGACACCAACACGAACGACCACAACAACGACACCACCAACAACGACGACCACAACAACGACCACCAACAACGGACGACCACCAACAUACGACGACCACCCACCACCACCAACCAACGACGACCACCAACAACGACGACCACCGAACAACCGACCACAACCGACGACCACCGAACAACGACACCGACCAAAACGACACCACCAACAACCGACCACCACCAACAAAGACGACCCACCCACCACCACCAAACGACCACCAACAACGACCACCACCAACAACGACGACCACCAAACAACAACGACCCACCAACAACGACCACCACCAACAACGACCACCACCAACAAACGACGGACCACCAACAACCGACCGACCACCCAACAACGACCACCACCAACAACACGACCACCAACAACGACACCACCAACAACAACGACACCAUGCAACAUCCGAGGCACAGACACAGACACACUCUCCGCAACAACAGCGAUGCCAAUCACAGAGAACCAGCCUCUCAGAGUGUGUCACCACAAGCUGUCUCCACGCAUCCUCGCAGACACAGACUGACCCGAAGAGGAUCUGCAGCCGUGUCUGAAAAGCCUCCAAGCCAGCUUAUCAGACCAGGAAGAACCGCCGUUGAACAGAUCGUCUGCCUUGAACAACUUACCGAGACGCUCAUCGAAUGCAGUGUUCCUUCUGCAACGUCGGUCAAGUGA